AUGCUGCUGCCCUUUCUCCCGGCACUGUUGGCCGUUUUAGCGCCAUCCUUUCCCUGCCGAGGCUGGUCUCCCUCGGCUUCUUCAGAAUCCGGACGAAAGGAGCCGUCAGGACUCACCCUGCCGCCUCUCAACUCCUCUUCCUCUCCCAAGUCCUUUGUAAAUGGGGCCGCGUUUCCGACCGAGAUCGAGGAAGGGCGAGGAGAGGCCACCAAGGCGGCGGCGGCGGCGGCUGUAGCUACCCCUUUACCUGGGUCACCUCGCUCCGCGCCCCAGCAGCAGCAGCCCCGCGAGGAGCCGGCAUGCAACAUCAGCGUGCAGAGACAGAUGCUAAGCUCAUUGCUGGUGCGUUGGAGCCCGCUGGGCUUCCAGUGUGACCUCGUGCUCUUUUCCACGAGUGGCCCCGGCGGGCGCGCCUUUUUCUCGGCCGCCUUUCACCGCGUCGGGCCGCCGUUGCUCAUUGAGCAUAUCGGACUGGCAGCUGGUGGCGUCCAGCAAGACCUCCGCCUAUGCGUGGGCUGCAGCUGGGCGCGAGGUAGGCGCAUCGGCCGCCUUCGUCCGGGCGCCUCCAACCCAGCCGCGUCGUCUCCUCCUUCGCCUUGGCAGCAAGGGGAGCGCCUCCACUUCUGCUGUCUGGAUUUCAGCUUGGAGGAUCUCAAGGGGGAUCCCGGCUGGAGGAUGAACCGCAAGCCCAUCGAGUCCACCCUGGUGGCCUGUUUCAUGACUCUGGUCAUCAUUGUGUGGAGCGUGGCCGCCCUCAUCUGGCCGGUGCCCAUCAUCGCCGGCUUUUUGCCCAACGGCAUGGAGCAGCGGAGGAGUGCCCCCAUCUCGACAACAUCUGGAACAGCUGCAGCAAAAUGA